GAAAACCAUCAAUGGUGGACAGCUUUAUAUUUGAACCUUAAUAUUUGCUAUUAUGUCCUAGGAAAGUUAUUGGUUCAACGAGGGGAAAGCAGGAAUACAGCAAAGAAAUGGUAAAAAAAGUAACCAACUUCUAGGGUUGGAGACACAAGAAGGGGGGAGAGAGAGAGAGGUCCUCCUUUGUAGGAGGUUACAGGUAUCUCUUUCUAGAAUUGGAAUUCUACCAAGCAACCCCUUUUCUUCUCUUACCUCUGAGAACCUACCUAUCUUCUUCAUUCAGGGAUCGUAAAAAAUCUUGAGAAGAGCACUUAGGGGAUACGUAGAGUUUCCGGCUUGUUUUUAAAGAGUGUUUCGGCACCAGAUAACCUUUUGGCCGGAAGUUCUUCUUCAUGAGAUAAAAAAGAAACAUGUCUUCAACCCCUGAUGCUCCCUCACCAGAUUCUGGCUCCCCUCCUCCUCCACCAGCCUCGUCACCCCCACCUGAGAAUUCACCACCCCCACCCCCACCUCAGUCGGAUUCUCCACCACCAGAUGCAUCAUCUCCUCCACCACCUCCACCACCUACUAGUGAAUCUCCUCCUCCACCCCCUCCUAAACACAGCAAUGCUUCGCCACCUCCUCCACCCAAUUCUAGAUCACUGUCACCACCACCACCACCACCACCACCUCCUCCUCCUCCUCCUCCUCCUCCUCCGAAUUCAUCAAAUAGUGGAGGUUCUUCGGAUCAGAUGAAAAUUGUUGUUGGGGUGGCGGUUGGUGUUGGGAUAUUCCUUAUUGCCAUGAUUUUCAUAUGUGCAUAUUGUUCGCGCAGGAAGAAGAGAAAAAAUAUGCAUUAUUAUGGAGAAAAUCCUCAAGGAGGAAGUGAACAAUUUUCUUAUAACAGCCCACAGCAAUCAAACUGGCACAAUGGUCUCCCAACAGAACAUGGUAUGAAGCUAUCCCAAUCACCAGGUCCAAUGGGGUCUGGCUGGCCCGCACCACCUCCACCGAUGAUGAAUAGUAGUGAUAUGAGCUCCAAUUACUCUGGUCCAUACCGCCCCCCCUUGCCGCCUCCAUCACCAAAUAUUGCUCUUGGGUUCAACAAAAGUACCUUCACAUAUGAUGAGUUAGCAGCAGCUACAAACGGGUUUGAUCAAGCUAAUCUAUUGGGUCAAGGUGGGUUCGGUUAUGUGCACAAAGGUGUGUUGCCUAAUGGAAAGGAUAUUGCAGUUAAGAGCUUAAAGUUAGGUAGUGGACAGGGAGAGCGAGAAUUCCAGGCUGAAGUUGAUAUCAUUAGUCGUGUCCAUCAUCGACAUCUUGUGUCACUUGUUGGUUAUUGUAUUGCUGGAGGGCAAAGAAUGUUGGUCUAUGAGUUUGUUCCCAACAAGACCUUGGAACAUCACCUUCAUGGAAAGGGUCUUCCAGUCAUGGAUUGGCCAACUAGGCUCCGUAUUGCAUUAGGCUCUGCCAAAGGUCUUGCUUACCUUCAUGAAGACUGCCAUCCUCGGAUUAUCCACCGUGAUAUUAAAGCGGCUAACAUCCUCAUUGACAAUAACUUUGAAGCCAUGGUUGCUGAUUUCGGACUGGCUAAGCUGUCUUCUGACAAUUAUACUCAUGUAUCUACCCGUGUCAUGGGUACUUUCGGGUAUUUGGCUCCUGAGUAUGCAUCAAGCGGCAAGCUGACUGAUAAAUCUGAUGUUUUCUCAUACGGAGUCAUGCUCUUGGAACUCAUAACAGGGAAGAAACCUGUUGAUCCUUCAAGUGCAAUGGAAGAUAGCUUGGUGGACUGGGCUCGACCACUUAUGAUUACUUCAUUGGACACAGGCAAUUACAACGAGUUGGUCGAUCCAAUGUUGGAGAAUAACUACAAUCAUCAAGAGAUGCAAAGAAUGAUAGCUUGUGCUGCAGCCAGCAUUCGUCAUUCUGCAAGAAAGCGCCCAAAAAUGAGCCAGGUAGCACGUGCAUUAGAAGGAGAUGUGUUACUGGAUGACUUAAAUGAGGGUACAAAGCCUGGCCAGAGCUCAGUCUUCUCCGGGUCGAACGGAAGCGCAGACUAUGAUGCAAGUUCAUAUAAUGCAGAUAUGAAGAAGUUCAGGCAGGUGGCAUUAAAUAGUCAAGAGUUUGGAAGCAAUGAGCUUGGAACAUCAAGCAACGAAUCCCCAGUAACAGGCCCUUCAGGGAUCCACAGAAAUAGCGAGUCUAAUUACUAACCAUAAAAAUGGACAAGGUUUGAAUGCCUAAAUGUCAAAUUAUGAGCCAGUUUGGUGGUCAAGAACAAACAACGACCGCAGACAUACUAAUAUACAUGGUCAUUGUUUUUCUUUCAAGUGAUUCUGUUGAUUUGGAACUUGUUUCUUUGUGUUUGUUUGAAGGAUAAACUUCAGAGAGGAGAGACAAAAUAUUUAAGGGGUCCUAAUGAUUUUUUCCCAUGUUUGUGAAAAAACAUAGAUGGCAUUCACCAAGAUACCCUAAAUCUUGGUCUAAUUGAAUUUGUUUCUCUCAUCAUAUGUGGGAUUGCAAGUGUGAAUAUACCUGGGAUUUCAUAUACUGAGCAGACACUAGCUUCUAUUGUAUGUUUGAGUUUUCUGUGUUAUAACGUGUAUCUUGUUCUACUAUAAAAAGUACUAUGUUGUUUAA